UCAUCAAAAAACAGAAACAAUUCAAAAAAAAACAAUUUUGUUCAUCUUAAGGGCGAAUCUUAUAUAAACGCAAAUUUCAAAUUUUUAGUUGACUUUAGAGGCGAUUAUAAAAAUCAAAUCUUCGAUCCAAAUGUUCCUAUCGAGCAUUAUAGUAUUUUAAGAGUGAUAGUUCAAAAAAAGAUUUCUUGUCCUAUAUGCCUUGAAGAAAAUUUGAUUGCUCCCAGGAUGAUUAACUGUGGCCAUUGUUUUUGUUUAACUUGCUUACUACGUUUUAGUUCCAACAAUUUGGUGUCUCUUGAAAAUUGCAAAAAUAAAAAAAAGCAAUGCCCUGUUUGUCAUUAUAAAGUUAACAAUGACUUAAUUUUACCAGUAUUAAUUGACUCAACUUUCGAUGAAAGAUUUGAUUUACCGAAACCAAAUCUGGAUUGUUUAAUGAAUUUAUUAAUAAAACCUCAUAAUUCGAUACUCUCUUUACCAAUUUCCAAUAACCCAAAUUUCAAAAAGUUGACUAAUAUUCCAUGGUGCUGCUCAUCUCAUGACGAAUUAAACAAUUUAAGUCAGGAAAUUUACCCUUAUACUAGAAUUAUGAAAGGAAACUUGAAUUUUAUAAUUAAUCAGUAUAAACUUGAAAAAUCUGCAAUAUUAUCCCAAUUUAAUGAGGAUUUAUUGUUGUACCGUGGAAAUAAAGCCGCUACUGAUGAUUUGCAACUUUAUGUUAAUAAAGCAAUAUCAGAAAUUGACGAAUCAAUUGAAAUUUUUGAAAAAAAGUUUUCAAUACAUAUUAAUAACAAAACAUAUAAUGAAGCUAAUUCUUAUUUUUAUUAUCAAACCUCUUUCAAGUCUAACAUUGUUUAUUUAUUAUCCUCCUUUGAUAGAAGAAUUUUAAGAAGUUUAUUUGUCAGCUAUGGAAAUUUUCCUUCUAAUAUUCUAAUUAGAAUUCAAAAUAUAACUUAUGGGGAAAUAUUAACAUUCGAAAAUGUCAUUAGAGAAUAUAAAUAUUUAAGCCAUUUACCUGUUGGCUCAGAAUUAGCAUUUAUUGAAAUAGAUUGGCAAUAUAUGGCUAAAAAUUGCAAAACAAAUGAAAAUUAUAUUAAAUUGCCAAGCAAUAUUUAUAAUGAGUUUAAAAAGGAAAUAAUAAAUAGGUGGAAGAAAAAUAAAGAUAGAUAUUAUCGAGAAGAGAGAAAUAAACAAAAUGCAAUGAAAAGUUUAGAGAAAAAAACCAAGGAUUUUUAUAGAGCAGAAAAU